AUGGAGGAGGAGGCUGCGAGGAAGAGGAAGAAUCCCUGGGAUACCCAGGCCGAGAAGGGACUGAAGAUUGGGACCAGGGAGGACAAAUCCCCACAGCAGAACCUCAAGGAAGAGGCUGUUAUGAGUGACUCCAGAGCACAGGAAUCCAACGGGGAGGAAAAUCCCUACAGAUUCCAUAGGAAGAGGGGCUCCAAACCCAUUCUGGGGUGCUCUGAGGAGGAAAGACCCUUCCUGAGCCAGGAAGGUGGACAUAGCUUCAGCCAGAGCUCAGAGCUGGUGGUCCAUGAGCAGCUUCAUGAUGGAGAGAAGCGCUACAAGUGCUUGCAGUGUGGGAAGAGCUUCAGGCAGAGCAGCGCCCUGAUCAGCCACCAGAUGAUCCACACCGGGGAAUGGGCCUACGAGUGUGGGGAGUGUGGGAAGGGCUGCAGCUACAGGCACCGGCGCAUCCACACCGGGGAGAGGCCCUACGAGUGUCCACAGUGUGGGAAGAGCUUCACCCAGAGCUUUCACUUGACCAGUCACCAACGGAGGCACCACUAA